AUGGAUGCGGUGAUGGCGAGAGACGCCUGGGCGUCAAUUCCAUCGAGCCUGCUCCAGGCCGAACUUCAACGACGACGAGACCAGGGCGAGAGACCGCAAUGCGGCGGGCACAACUCGGGAUGGUAUGACACGGCUGCGCAUGUCUUUGCGCUGCUCCUCAUUCUCGUCCUGAGCACGAUUGGUUGCGGCUUUCCGCUACUAUCCCGGAGAGCGACUACGGGGCAUCGACAGAAGACAAUCAUAUUCUACUGCCAGCAUAUCGGCACCGGCGUGCUUCUCGCCACGGCAUUUGUGCACCUGCUGCCGACCGCCUUCUCAUCCCUGACCGACCCAUGCCUGCCGUACUUCUUCAGCCAGGGAUACACUCCUUUCCCAGGGCUCAUUGCCAUGGUCUCCGCCAUUGUCGUUGUGGGAGUCGAAUCAUGGCUGACCGCUCGGGGCGCAGGCCACUCGCAUUCGCAUGCGCACGACUUCUGGGAUGAGAACGACGAGGCUGAAGGCGAUGCGCAAGAGCUGCAUAUGGCCGGCGAGGGCUUAUCCAGCAGGCGCAGCCAUGUGACGGGACGACGACCUGCGGACAUCUCCCUCGACCACUUGGAGGCUGCAGAGGGGCUCAUUGCAGGCGCCUCACCCUUGCCCGAGUCGAGCCCAGCGUUGCAGCGGCGAAGGUCUGCAGACGACGACGACCGAGAAUCGGACCUGGACCUGGACUUGGCGGAACUCGAUCCCGCCCCUCCCGGUGGGAGUGCUCAGAACGGUGCUUACUCUUCACUUGCCAAGCCCAACACACGGCGUGGCGGCGAGACCUCAGAUGGGAACCAGAUACAGUCUCCUGAAGAGCAGAAGCGUCGGAUGCUGCAGUGUCUGUUGCUAGAGGCCGGCAUUCUGUUCCACAGUGUGUUCAUAGGAAUGGCCAUCUCUGUGGCUACCGGCCCAGCCUUUGUCGUCUUCUUAGUCGCUAUCAGCUUCCACCAGUCGUUUGAAGGCAUGGCCCUGGGCAGCCGCAUCGCAGCUAUACAGUUCCCCAAGGGAUCCAUCCGCCCCUGGCUCAUGGUCCUCGCCUACGGAACCACGACGCCCAUCGGCCAGGCAAUCGGCCUCGUCCUGCAGAGGAAAUGGGACCCGAGCAGUGCCACGGGCCUUGUGGUCGUGGGCGUCACAAACGCCAUCUCAUCGGGUCUGCUGCUCUACGCGGGCCUUGUGCAGCUGCUGGCCGAAGACUUCUUGACGGAGAAGAGCUAUCGCAUUUUGAAGGGCAAGAAGCGCGCCCAGGCCUACUUUUCCGUCGUGGCUGGCGCGGCGCUCAUGGCAGCCGUGGGAGCAUUUGCUUAG